AAAACACUUCCCGUGAAAAGCCCAACACUCUGACAAGUCUCUUUAAUACCUCCGUAUAUUUCUCUUUCUCUGUGUACUAUGCUUUUCUGUAUCACUCUCUUUUUCCUCCAUAAAUUGGCUCAAGAACAUACUAAAGCUUACAUUAUUUGUUACUCUCUUUAAUCCCUUUUCUUUCUUUGCUCUUUAGGACUUGAAAUUUAGCACAAGUUUUCAGCAUGGGAUUUGUUUCCAUGUUUUGUGUGUUUUUCUUCAUUCUUGGAAGUUUAAUCUUUCAGCUUUCUCAAAGUGCAACUGUAGUAGUUGAUGGAGUUUCACAGUGGAAAAACCCAACAGCCCAAAUUGGAGAUUCUAUUAUUUUCAAGCACAAGUAUGAGUACAAUCUCUACAUUUUCCAGAACCAAAAUGCAUUCAAUGUGUGCAACUUCACUCGAGCUACACUUCUUACUAAAUCUGAUUCCAAGUCCUAUACUUGGCACCCAUCAAGACCAGGUACAUUUUACUUCUCAUUCAACAACAAUGGGUCCAACACAGCAUGUUUACAAGGCCAAAAGCUAGCAAUUAAAGUAUCUCUUUCAGCUCCUGCUUCUUCGCCGGAGCAGUCACCGGUGGUAGCUGCUCCACCGGUGAUAUCUGGUGGGAGUGUGUCAUCAUCUCCAGCAUAUCCAUGGCCAUUUCAGCCAAGAGAAUUGACAUCACCUAGCCCUGCACCAAGUGUUGUUGCGUUACCUGCAAAUGGGCCAAUGGUGCCUGAAAAAGGAGGUGAUAAUAUUCCCUUUAUUAAUAGUAAUCCUGCUGUUCCAUUGCCUACUGGUGAAGUUGAUUCUGCUACUAUACGUCCUUUGCCUGCUUCUGGUUCGGCUCACCUUAACAUGCAGGUGGUGGGGUUUUCAGCAAUUCAAAGAGCUGUGUGUUGUGCACUUUUCUUAAUGCUGCUUUAGACAAUGCAAAAGGAGAGAGAAGAAUUUGCAAUUGAGUGCAUGUAAAAAGGGAGAUUCCACUCUUGGGAUGUAGUUUUGAAUCUAAAGUAGCAUUAAAGGUGGUGAUUAUCAUCAUGAUUAAUACCAUUUAGUAUUAGUACUAGUAGUAGUAAUAGAGUAGUAAUAUCAUGUGUAAUAUUGCUAUCCUUUGACCCUACUUUGGAAUCAUUUAUUAGCUUUUUCAUCUUU